AUGGGAACCAUGAAGGGAGGCGUCCUCUCGCCAACAUCGACCUGCCACACGUUUGACAUUUCCGCCGACGGAUACGGACGAGCCGAAGGCGUCAACGCCGUCUACGUCAAGCGACUCUCCAGCGCUAUCCGGGCAGGGGACAAUAUUCGUGCCAUUAUCCGCUCAACAGCAGUUAAUGCAGAUGGACACACUCCAGGGAUUUCGUUACCGAGCACUGAUGCCCAGGAAAAGGUUAUCCGCAAGGCCUACGCCAAAGCUGGCCUGGACUUUGCCGACACCGACUAUGUGGAAUGCCAUGGAACCGGCACUGCAGGGGUCAAGACAAAUCUCGGCCAUAGCGAGGCGGCCAGUGGUCUCACAUCUAUCAUGAAAGUGGUGGUUGCGUUUGAACAUGGGCUUAUUCCGCCAACGCACGGCGUCGUCAGCAUUAACCCUAACUUAAAACUCCGGGAGCGAAACAUGAAGGUCGUUCAACAGCAGACGAAAUGGCCACGUACUCUUCGUCGAGCUAGUGUCAACUCCUUUGGCUAUGGAGGCGCCAACGCCCACAUCAUCAUGGAGUCGGUCGAUAGUUACCUGAACGACACUGCUGAGAUCGUGGAGCCCAUCCACAACGAGCACGACGACCAAGCCAUCGUUUUGCCCGUCACUGCUUCGUCCUCCAAGUCUCUGGACACGCGCGUCGAGCAGCUUACCCGGCAAAUUAUCCCCACGUGUGAUGCCAGCACGCUUCGGCGUCUGGCAAUUACCCUUCAGCGACAUUCCAACCUGCGUGUGCGAAGAUUUUUGCUGGCCAAAGCAAAGUCACCUGCAGGCCCUGUCGAGUUAGUGGAUCUUUCAGAGGAUGCUGCGGGCAGUGUCCUCAACGGGGAGCCCCUGCCCUUUGCCUUUGUAUUCACUGGCCAAGGGGCGCAGUAUGCCGGCAUGGCAAAGGAGCUGCUCUCCCUUAAUACUGACUUUCGCACAACAAUCCGCUCAUUAAACCAAACUCUCCUCAACCUGCCGGCCGAGCAUGCUCCAUUACAAACAUUAGAAGAAUGUAGCCUCGAUAGUAGCCCUAGAAGCCGUGUCAACGAUGUCAUUGUGAGCCAGCCCCUGUGUACCGCCAUCCAGCUUGGCCUCAUCAGUGUCCUGCGUGCCUGGGGUAUAAACCCCUCAGCUGUCGUGGGUCACUCGUCUGGCGAGAUUGCAGCAGCGUAUGCAGCAGGCCUUCUCACAAUGUCGGAAGCAAUCCUGGCUGCCUACUUCCGAGGCUACGCCGCCAGCAAGCUGCAAUCAAGAGGUGUCCUAACGAGCGUCACCCUUAGUGGAGAGUUGGCCGGUAUUGAAACAUUAUUGAGCAGUCUUAAGUCGCAAGGCACGUUUGCCCGGAAACUGGAGACUGGUGGGCGUGCGUACCAUUCGCACAUGAUGGCUGAGGUUGGCGAAAUAUAUCAAAGCCUGCUCAGCCCACACAUUUCGAGCAAACGAUUGACUACCGGGGUCAACAAGGUGAUCAUGUACUCAUCUGUCGGACACAAUAGUGAAUAUCUUCGACUUUUGGACAGCAGUGUGAAGAUUGACAUGGCUGUCUACUGGCGAGAGAACCUCGAGCAGCCAGUUCAGUUCAGUGCCGCACUGACGAAUCUGGCAGCCAGCGGAAAGCACCACUUACUCGUGCUGGGACCUCACGCAGCUCUCAAGGGACCGAUCAAGCAGAUCCGGACGGCCAUCAAGAAGGACACACACUGCCUUCCGUAUACACCGACACUGCUUCGCAAUCAGGGCGCAGACAUCUCCAUCAAUCAACUCGCUGGCACCCUCUUUGCUCACGGCCAUGCCUUGGACUGGGGGCGAGUACAGCAGACGGACACGGUCAUUCCAGGGGCUCUAUCCCGCAUGUUGCAUGAUCUUCUCCCAUAUCACUGGAACUACUCUGCCACGGCCGGAAAGCUGUGGUUUGAGCCGCGCCAGAGUGUGGAAAUCCGCAGUCGGAAGCAUGUCCGCCACGAGCUGCUCGGUACAGGAUCGGUGGCCGGUGACGGUAUUCACUGGAGCUGGCGGAACAUCCUGCAUCUCAACGAGGCUCCAUGGUUGCGAGAUCACCGGCUUGAGGAUCAGAUUGUCUUUCCUGGGGCAGGAUACCUUGCCCUGGCUAUCGAAGCCAUUACACAAAUGCAAGGCCUGACAGAGAAGCGCCCAGAGAAUGUGCUCUUUGAAUUCCGCCAGGUGUAUAUCCGCGAGGCUCUGAUCCUGCCUGAUAGUGGCGAUGGCACUGCCGGUGCAUAUUCUCGCGAAUUGCACACUAUGCUAUCGCCGCUGGCACUGACAGCACUGAACUCGUCGGCUGACUGGCACGAGUUCAGCAUCUCGUCCUGGAUUUCCGGCGAGACGACGACGCAUUGUACUGGCCGUCUACGUCUCGUACCGCGGCCAGACGCCCGGCAGACCAUGGGGACUGUCACUGUCAGGAACCGCGAGAGCUACGAGGUCUGGGGAAUGUUUAAGUGGUAUAAGAGGCUGCAGGAAGAUGGCCUCGCCUUUGGCCCUGAAUUCCAAUCCUUGACAAGUUUACAGACCGACUGUAAUCGCCUGCGUACUGAGGUGGUAUCGACGACUCAUCUGAGCCCACCAAUUGGACGCCAGGGGGACACCUCCUACCUGGUACAUCUCAUCACCAUCGACGCCUGUCUUCAAACUGCUCUGAUGGGAGUGACUGCCGGAAACCUUGACCAGCUGCGCGCACACAUGCCCGUGUCGAUUGGAUCUUGUCGUAUUAUCAUCUCGUCCCAGCAGACAGUCGACUCUACAGAGGAAGUUGAGAUCCACACUCGCUCAAUACCAACUGGGCUCUCUACAUGCCGUGUUGACUGCACGCUACGCACUGGACCUGAAGAUAAGCCUGUAAUUGAUCUUCAAGAUGUGCGGUUGGAACAGUAUAACGGCAAGCAGGUCCGUCCCUUCCAGGGCGGACAGUCAGUUUUUGAGAAGCGAUAUCCAUGCCUGGAAGUGCAGUGGAAGCCAGAUAUUCAACGACUAGCUGUCGUCGCGGAUGAUGCACUGCGCAAGUACGUGGCGGACUUUGUACAGAAACUGUCUCCCGAUCUGGUCGAUAGCACUAGUCUCCCAGUAAUUGCAGCCCUAGUCGACCUGGCCGGGCACCGUCUGCCCCGGAUGCGCAUUCUAGAGCUGGGCAGCAGCGAGUGCGUUUGCAAGGCCAAGCAUCUGCUUGAUCUUCUUGACAAGGAGAGGCGUUUCCCCGGUGUCGCUCAUGGCAUAAGGGCGCCAUCGAAGCCAAUGGGGAUGUGA